UCUAUCUUUUACUAUAUCAUUUACUGUUGAAAGCAGUAGAACUGGUUUUGAUUAUCUCUAGUGGUAUAGUUUCUUUUUAUAAAUUUAUAGUUCACCAAUCAAAAGUAAACGGAUCAAGACGCUCUCUAAACUCCGGUGUCUUUUCAAUUUGCAUAUAAAUACCCUGCCAAUCCUCUAUUUACUUUUAAUUACAAAUUUAAUAUGGAUAUCAAAAUUUUAAAUGUCGAUGUUAGCUAUGCUAAAACUCUCUCAGAACUUGCUGGAAAGCUUUUUUUAGAAACGUUUGCUGACCAUAAUCCUCCUGAAGAACUCGAGGCCUUUCUUAAAUCAACAUAUACACCUGAAAUACAAACAGAGGAGUUAAACGACCCAACAAUGUAUACAUACAUGGCAUUUGAUCAAGACAACACACCCAUCGCUUUUUGUCAAUUAAAACAGUCUAAGGAUGUGUAUGACUUUAUUGAUGACCCAGAAGCAAUUGAAUUGAAACGAAUCUAUGUUGCGAAACAUUGUGCUGGAAAGGGUGUCGGAAAGAAGCUGCUGGCUGAGUGCUUGUCUAAAGCAAAAGAAUUGAACAAAAAGACAAUGUGGCUUGGUGUUUGGGAAUUCAAUCCUACAGCUAUCAAAUUCUACCAAAGUCAAGGUUUCCGUAAAGUUGGUACUCAUAUUUUUAAAGUUGGGAACAAAGAAGACACCGAUGAAAUCAUGGUCAAGGAUCUCUAGAAAUAUAAUGAUUAUAAAUAAACAGUUUAGACAAAUAACAGGACAAAAUCUUGAGUUUCCUUUCUGUUCAUUAUGUCUCUAUCUAACAAUAG